GGCCAACCGCCACUUCCUCUUCCUCCUCCUCCUCCUCCUUCCUGCCUCGUCUUUCCUUCUGGAGGAGUUCCUGUCCUCUUGCUGCUUAGGAAAAAUCUCCCAGUUCAGCUCAGGAAUAUUUCUCCACGCUGCUGGAAUUGCCUGUACUGAGUCCUUCCAUUGGAACUGAAGUUUGGCUUGAAGAGAGGAAGGGGAUGAAGGAGCUGAAUCCUGCAAGUCUGCAGCUGGAACAAGGAGCAGCAAGAGAAGGAGGGAAAGCAGGAAAUGGGGUUCAGUCUGAACACGUGACCGAGGGACCAAUGUGGAAAGCGCCAGAAGAAGGCAACAAGCUUCCAGGUCUAAGGAUGGAGCAGUGCUGGGAAGCCCAAUGGCAGCAGUUCCUGAAGACCUUCCAGUCGCCUUCCUGGGCAUGGAGAAGCCUUCCGCCAGCAGAGGAAAUGCCAUGGGACAAGGCCAAGGACUUCCUGGCCUCCUUCGAACAAGUGGCCAAAGCCUGUCGGUGGCCCAAGGAAGAGUGGGUGGCCCGGCUGUUGCCCGCAUUGAGUGGAGAAGCAGAGCAGGCCUUUCAGAGCCUGGAAGCCGGAGACAGGGAGGAUUAUGGGAAAGUGAAGGCGGCCAUCUUGAGAGCGGAGUCCCUGAGAGCGGAGCUGCAGCGCCAGCAUUUUCGGCAGUUCUGCUGCCAAGAGGUCGAGGACCCGCGAAGGGUUUACAGCCAAGUCCAGGAGCUUUGCAGUCGGUGGCUGAAGCCGGAGAGACGCAGCAAGGAGCAGAUCCUGGAGCUGCUGGUCCUGGAGCAAUUCCUGGCCAGUCUUCCCCAAGACCUGCAAGGAUGGAUCCGAGGCGGAGGGCCGGAGAGCUGUUCCCAGGCUGUGGCCCUGGCAGAGGACUUCCUCCUCAAGAGGCAGCAAGAGGCCGAUUCCGCCAGGUGCCAGGGACUGUCGCAGGAUGUGUGUGUUGGUUCCCUGGAUGCGGAAAGGAAGUCGCCAGAUGCUGCUCAGGGACAGAUCUAUGAAGAAUCCAAGCCGGUGAAGGAUGCGGAUAUCCCUUUGCUAAGUGGUGGAACCCAAUGCCCAAGUCCUUCCAUUUCAGUGUUUCCUCCUGAUGGACAAGUUAAGACAGAAGCUGAGCUGGGUGAGGGUCUGCUGGACUGCAGGGACACAGGCGUCCCUUUGCACAGCGUUGAGCAGACUCUCUCCCAGCCGGGCCCACAGACCAUCUUCUGGCAAGUCCUGCAGGAGGAGGGCGGAAACACCCAGCCAUUUGGUGAGGUUGAUUCAACUUUGCUUAAAGUGGAGACGUCUCAGCAUGGAGGGGAUAAGCUGGAGGAGAGGCCUGGGGUAGCGCCACUUCUAAACCAAAGAGAUGGACUGUUGACGGCGGAGCCGUCUGGACAAAGAAGUGAUGAAAAGGGAUGUUGGAAGGAGAUGAAGAUAUCUUCGCAGGUAGAGCCAUCUCAGAGACCUACUGCAUCCAACAUUCAUAAAAGCGGAUACCGGCUCAUGGGUCAGGAGUCGAAGAAGUACAUGGAGACAGAGAGGAAACACACUAAAAGCCUUAUAGGUGCUGAUAAAAAGGCCUCUACAGAUGUAGGGAAGCCCUUGUUCUCCAAGUAUGGGAGAAAAUACCACAGUGUGUCAGAUGGGUUUGUUGAUCUGAACCCAAGAAAAAAAGAUACUAAAUGUCCUGAAGAUGGAGAAACAAGCAAGAGCCAUGGACAGUCUUUACAGAGAAACCAAAAUGUUCCUACAGGAAGGAAACUGCAUAAAUGUGUUACUUGUGAGAAGGACUUCAAAUCUAGAGCGGACCUGUUGUGCCACAAACGGAGUCACACUGGAGAAAAGCCAUACCAAUGUUCUCAGUGCGAAAAAUGCUUCAGCUGGAAAUAUAAGCUGGUAAGACACCAGCUAAGCCAUACAGGGAUGAAACCCUAUAAGUGCUUUCAGUGUGGCAAGUGUUUCGCUCAGAGAUCUCACCUGAAGAACCAUCAAAGAAUACAUACUGGAGAGAAACCCCAUGAAUGUUGUCAGUGUGGUAUGUGUUUCACUCUGAAACAUAACUUGAAGGAUCAUCAAAGAAUUCAUACUGGAGAGAAACCCUAUAAAUGCUCACAGUGUUGCAAGUCUUUCACUAAGAGAUCUAACAUGAAGGUCCAUCAAAGAAUUCAUACCGGAGAGAAACCCUAUAAAUGCUCUCAGUGUGGCAAGAGCUUUGCUGAAAGAAAGACCUUGAAGGACCAUCAAAGAAUUCAUACUGGAGAGAAACCCUAUAAGUGCUCUCAGUGUGGCAAGUGUUUCCCUCAGAGACAUACCUUGAAGAACCAUCAAAGAAUUCAUACUGGAGAGAAACCCUAUCAAUGCUCUCAGUGUGGCAAGUGUUUCUCUAAGAGAUCUAACAUGAAGGUCCACCAAAGAAUUCAUACUGGAGAGAAACCCUAUGAAUGUUCUCAAUGUGGGAAAUGCUUCCAACGGCACUCACAUUUAAUUGUCCACCAGGGAAUCCAUACUGGAAAGAAACCUUAUUGUGCCCCGAAUGUGGAAAAGGCUUCUCUUGGCAAUAUCUGUUGAAUAUAAACCAGACAACUCAUAGGUU